GACAAGAUAAUCAACACAGAAAGUUGUUGGCAAAGUUUAACUUCUUGGGACGCGAAAAGGCUUGGCAAAGCUUGGCACCAGGGGCAGCUUCACACUGACUUCCUGGGGUUUCUUCCGCAAGCAAAUCUCCCAUUGACUAGCUGGUGAAGAGGUGUUGUAUAGGGCAUUUAUUUGGAAUAUUGUGUUGUUCUAUUGAUUUAUGUCUCGUGCCCGUCGUCUUCUCCGGGGAGAGAUCACCUAUUCCGAAGCUGAAAAGAAAGAAAUCAAUGUCCUCCACAAGCUGACAUACUGGCCAGAACGGAACAAGUUCUUCAGCUACAUUCAGCAGAAUUGCAGCCAGGUUGAGGCUCUUGUUGUCAAUCACCUCGGUUUGAAGGAUUCAGCAUCAUGUAUUGCUGCUCCAAGGGGCGAAUGGAUGCAUGGAAGUUUCAAUCUCUGCGUCCCCCGUGACCACACCGGCAAAUCGUGUCCUUGUCCGAUUACCUCUUCCCUACAGAGUCGGUGAAUAUGCUCGCCCUGGAAACAGUGAUGAGAAUGUCUGCUGUGAGGCGGGAACAUAUGCCUGGCUUCGGAGGGAGUGCCCAAGCGUACCUAUUCCUCAUCUCUAUGGUUUUGUUCUGUCAAAGGGCCGACAUUUUACUGCAGUAGACCAUUUAUCACUGUUCCGACGUGUGUUCCAUCAUCUUCGAUGUAAGCUGCGUUCCUUGCUAGGGCUUUCCAUUCAGUCUGCUUACAUUCCUCGACGGAACUUUAAUCUAAGCGAGAUCGGCCCGUACGUUAUUGUGGAAUACAUAAAAAGAGAGGAUGGCGUGAUGCUCUCAAAUACCUGGAAUGCCCUCUGCAGCAAUAUACACUUGCGAAAUAAUCUCUUCCCAGAUCUAUCCCGAAUUAUGCUCACCUUGAGCCGCAUUCCUCUCCCAAGGAUACGAUCAUUUGUGGUCGACGACCAGGGCUUUCUACAGCUAACCAACCGACCAAUUACCAUGGAGCUACAAGACCUAGAGAAUGAGAAUAUACCCAUUGACAUAAAUCGAGGUCAGACAUUCCCUACUGUUGACUCUUACAUGUCCGCACUUACAACACUGCGCGCUGUGUCCCAGGAGCUUUUUGAGCAAGGACUCAACAGCGGGCCAUUCAUUUUUCAAUUAACUGAUAUGCAUGCGAGUAACAUCCUCGUUGAUAAGAAUUGGAAUAUUGAAUACAUCAUAGAUCUGGAAUGGGCUGCUUCACAGCCUCUUGAGUUUAUGCAGCUUCCAUAUUGGCUCACCAGCCAAGCCGUGGACGUGAUUGACCCCGAGGCUUACAAUGCGCUUCGGCAGGAGUUCAUGCAAAUUUUUACAGAAGAGGAAAGAGAUAUAUCUCAUGCGCGGAUACUUGAACAUCACUCGGAGAAGGAUUUCAACUGCUCAUCGAUAAUGAAUAAAUGCUGGGAAUCCGGCACUUUCUGGUAUAUCCUCGCCCUCCGAAGCCCAACAGGGCUGCAUUCCAUUUUUUAUAAGCAUAUCCAACCGAUCUUCGAGAAAGGCCAUUUCCAAGACAGCAACUUCUUCCUCAUGAUGCAUAAGUAUUGGUCACGAGAUGCAUCUGACUUGCCAGUCCAAAAGAUUACCGACAGAAAGGCAUAUCUAGACAAGCUUCAAGAGGCAUUCGAUCCCUCCUAA